AUGGCCUACAAGCGCACCCCCAACAACCGCACUUCCAACUCCCGCGUCUCCAAGACACACAUCACCUACCUGUCCGUCCAUACCCAUCGCGAGCCACACCCAGCAGUACGAGCGACAGACUUGCGCGGUAAGACACCUCGCCGAAUAGACAUCCAACCCCCUCCCCUUACCAGCUCAAGCUCGAUGCACAAACCCUUCGACGCUCGCUUUACGCGACAUAAGUCCACAUGGCGGUCCAUAGCACACGGCUUUGUGGAGCAGCAACAAGAGAAGUUGAGAAAGGCGGAGGGAGACGAGAUGGAGUGUGAAUACGAUACUAUGGACCAACUGGCCGCGUUCGAGGCGAGCGGUGGCGUGUUUGGUAGUCCGCCUACAUCUGCCCCGUCAUCACCGUCGUCGUCUCCAAGUAGUGAUACCUCUGGAAGUUUGGCUGGGUCUUGGGGUACCGCGUCGACCUUCAGUACGAGUACGCUCGCAAGUUCGACGGGUACACAGCCCAGCGCGAUGGGCUUCAGUGCUGCUACAAGCAGCUCAAGCGCAGCCAACAGCGGUAUGUCCUCUCCAGAGAUCGACAUGGCAGAUGCGCCGGACGUUUCUACAAGCCAUGUCGCCGCCACACCUACAGUUCCCACAGCCCCCAUACCCGCACCAACACCCUCGCAGCCGCCACAGCCCGUGACCACGGCCCCCAUCGCCAAGGUCAACACCCCCCUCUUCUCAGGCUUAGGCUACCUACCAUCCAAACCCCUACCAACCGAAAAGGCUACGGCCAAACUCCCCUCAAAACCUCGCUCCACCCCUCCCCAACUACCCCCCAAAUCCGCAUCCAAACCCGACGUCGAACUAGGCAUGGGUUCUUUCUCCUCCUCAAAAAUCACCUCCUCCUCCAGCCUCGUCUCCGCCUUCUGCAACCCCCACUUCAAAACCUUCUUCGCCUCCGAAAUGAUCUCUCUUCAAACCCAUCUGCAGUCCAACAAGGAAAUUCGCGGCUCCCACCUCGUCUUUCUCAACAGGUCGUUGAAAUGGGUCAUCGAUGCGGCGGAGGCGAAGUGGUUUAAUCCUGACAUUGACUUUGAGAGCGAUGAUGUGGCGGAUUGGAGGGGGAAGUUGAAUGUUUUUAUGGAGGUACUAGGGGGUGAGGUGGAUGGGGUUGCGAAGGAUACGAAGGGGAGGAUUGAGAAGGUGUUUGGGCUUUUUGCGGAUGAGGAGGGGGUGAAUGGGGGGUUUGGGGAGGGGGCGGCGGCUUGA